UCCUAGUACUUCACCCCCAGCUCUUCCCUGCUAAAUUCAAUACCCUCCCCGUCUUUUAGACACUGGACUAGACCAGAUUUCAAGUAUCAUCAUGUGACCAAAUUUAAGUAAUUUGGUUGGCUGGCGUCCUGCUAAUUAAUUAAUGAGGAUGAGAAUUUUACUUGGCCACCUUAGUUACAGGUUGCAAACGUGCACCAAUCUUCCAGCGCCUUCGCAUUGAUCAAGACCCGAGAAUGCUUCCUUCAUCAUUGCGUGUCGGAAUGUGACGUAAAGCAUGACAGCUUACUCUGCCAAAGGCAGCAGUCAUCCAGAAAUAAAGCCUGCGUUGAAGAUGCCCCAAGUGCUAAGCAUUCCAUCGUGGAUACGUGAGUCCACUGCGUUUUUAUUCUUCACGUGGAUGAAUAAAACCCUUAAUGUUGGCAACACACGCAGACUCAAGGAAGAAGACUUGAUUCCUUUACAAGAAAAAGACCGGACAGAACCCUUGUUACAGUUGCUGGAUGAUAACUGGUCAGUGGAGCUGCAAAUAGCUGGCGAAGAAUCAAGGCGACCAAGGCUAUGGCGAGCGUUGCUUCAAAUGUUUUCAAAGCGUUACUGUAUACUUGUGAUCGGCUUGAAGCUCCUAGCGUCCUUAGCGGGGCUGCUGCUUGCCAUACUGGUGUGGUUCUUCUUGAGAUCAUUGUCGAUGACAUCCCACAUGGAUCAGACUUCAGCUGGGCUAUACGUCAUGGGUAUCACUACCGUCUCGCUGGUUAAAGUGUUCGCGUCACAUCACUCUGAUUAUCAGUCGCUACUGCAAGGCAUGCGUGUAAGAGUAGCAAUCACUGGAGUCAUCUACAAGCGAUUGCUGUACUUGAGUCGAGCAGGUAUAGCGAGCAUCAGUACUGGGAGCACAAUAAACCUAGCCUCCAACGACUCCUUGCGCCUGGAGCGUGCUGUCCUCACAACCGUCUAUGGUAUCGCGGCUCUCUUCGAGAUAUCCGUAGCUUUGGUCUUACUAGUGGUCCUUAUUGGCUGGCAGGCGUUGUCCGGGGUUUUAUUUUACUUUAUCGUGGCCGUGUACAUCUCAGCUAUGGCUGGUCAGCUAUCAAAGCUAAACUCGAAGUCUUGUGCGCUUGCGGAUGAGCGGCUCGGGGUUAUUGGUGAAGUAAUCGCAGGAAUUCGUACAGUGAAGAUGUUAGCACUCGAGUGGUUCUACCGGGAUAAGGUGAACAUGCUUAGAAGGAAAGAGAUGCGUUACAUUCGUAUAAAGAGUCUGGUACUGUCGAGUUUUUCCGCUCUUUACUUCACCUCCACAUCAAUCGCCACUUUAAUAUCAAUCUCCUCACUCCUCUACGCGGACGUGCCCCUAUCCGUCUUUAAGAUCUUCACGCUAGUCAUGACCUUGAACAUUAUGCGUUUUUCCGUCACCGUGUGCCUCACGGAAUGUCUUCGAGGUUUGGCGGACGCUAAGGUAGCAGUUCAACGAAUUGAACGAUUUCUGGUCACCACGAACGAUAAACCAAUCGGUACCCAGACACCGAGGUUUAGGAAGAGAAGUUUAACAAGGUGGAUCUCACCCAACAAAACUUGCACUCUUCAUAAUAACUUAUUCAAACGUAACAAGAAUCCGUACUUUUAUAUGGGGAACAAAAGAAUUAAUGAUGAGCCAGUACUUUUAAAAAUGCGUCUAAAUCAUAACCCACAAAAAAAAGACAGAACUGCGAUGGUCGAUAUAAGGGAUGUAUCAGCUUGUUGGGCACACCAAUGUGAAGACGAUGAUGUUACACUGACGGGUAUCAAGCUAAAAGCUGUUGGUGAUGAUUUAGUGAUAAUAACUGGCCCAGUAGGAGGAGGGAAGUCAUCCCUUCUGUUAUCGAUACUCGGUGAAAUUCCUCUUAUAUCAGGGUCUAUUUCAGUGCGGGGACGGAUAGCAUACGUCCCACAAAUCCCAUGGAUAUCCUCAGGAACUAUACGCGAGAACAUCACUUUUGGUAAACAAAUGGAGGAGGAGAGGUAUAACAAAGUAUUGGAGGUUUGUAGCUUGGUUAGCGAUCUUAGUCUCUUUCCUAGAGGUGACCUUACUGUGAUUGGAGAACGUGGUGCUAGCUUAAGUGGUGGUCAGCAGUCUCGUGUUAGUUUGGCACGCGCAGUGUAUGCCGACGUUGAAAUCUAUCUGCUGGAUGACCCUUUCAGCUCACUUGACUCGAAGGUUGGACAGGAUAUUUUCAAUGAGUGCAUCCAGCGGGCACUUUCCAACAAGCUCAAAAUCUUAGUAACACAUCAAAUUAAAUAUUUCAAUUUCGCGGACUGUGUUAUCUUCCUCAGUCGUGGAAAAAUAGGUCAAGACAUCUCUCAGCGCGAGGAUGAGUUGAACUCAGCCAUAAUUGGAAAGAGGAACGACAACGAUACUGAAGGUGAUUCGCAUGCUGCAAAAGAUGACAAAAAAGAUUACGUGAUUGCUAGCGAUAGCGGAAUAUCUGAGCCAUCACCUCACAGUGGCUCUUACCAUGAACCGUGCAUAUUUAAUAAUACUGAUGCUAGAAACAAUCAGGAUAUCAUGAAUAGUGGUGGACAAAGGAUCAACGCGCACAAAGUUGAUAUCCACCAUGAAAAGAGUAGAAUCCAAAGUUAUGACAACGAAUGUUUUAUCUUAGAUGAACAAAAAGACAAUCUGGUAAAUACUUCUCUGACUUCUAUCAACAUUUCCAGUGACGUCCAAUUGAAGGAAUCAAAUUUGACAUCAUCAAACGAAGGCGAAUGGGUACUACGGGUACAAAAUAACGAUUGUUUACGCUAUAAAACAAGGAAUACAAAACACAGCGACGCACAGGCUUCUCCUAACAAGAAGAUGUCAAAUUGCUUUCCUGAGAUUGGAAGAGGCGAAAGAGCGUCUAAGAUUCUUCUCCAGCUUCACCGUGCCUCCGGCAGGGAGCGAAACGAUUCGUUUAUUGAGCUUGGAGAUGGCCCCAUUAAGCAGGAUCUGGCGGAAGACGACGAAGAUUACCAAUGCGGCUCCGUUGGAUGGAGGGUGUACUGGUCGUACUUCCGCGCAGGCCUGCCUACGUCUGCUAUUGUAGCACUUCUACUAUAUUUCCUUCUCGCUCAAGUCUCCCUUAUUGGUCCAAACUGGUGGCUUUCACGUCUAUCCAGCAUGCAACGCACAGAGCAGAGAAGCAGCCUUACCCUCGGCAUCUAUGGUACUAUUGUCGGAUGUACAGUCCUCUUCAUAAGUACCCGUGCCUUUCUCUUCUUCCAUGCAGCUCUGAACUCGUCGUGCAAUCUUCACGACACAAUGGUAAUGGCUAUCAUCAAGUCCCCCGCCCUGUUCUUCGACACAAACCCAAUUGGUCGGAUACUCAACCGAUUGUCUCGUGAUAUUGCGUGUAUGGACGACCUUCUACCAAAUCACGUCUACCGCUCGUUUUCUUUGUGCUUGUUCUCGCUGUCCGCCCUGAUUCUUCCUGCGGGCACUAACGUUUGGUUGACCUUAGCUGUUGUACCGCUAAUUGGUAUCUAUGUCUAUCUUGGGAGGUACUUUUUGCGCUCCUCACGAGAACUUAAGAGGCUUGAGUCAGUGAGAUGCAGCCCUGUGUAUUCGCAUAUUGCUGAAACAAUUGACGGCAUUGAAGUGGUACGCGCUUCAAACAUGCAACGCGUGUACCUGGAAAAGCUUAUCAGAUACCAAGAUCUUAACACACAGGCUUCAUUCCUUGUCCUUUCGUCCGCACGGUGGAUGGCCCUGAGACUCGACCUUCUCACCGUUUUAUCUAUAGCAAUGGUCGCUACUGGGGCGCUUCUUGCAAGUCAAGACGCAGCCCUGGCUGGACUGUCCCUGACUUUUGCCAUGGAAUCACUGGAUGCAACGCAAUUCGGCGUACGUCAGUGCUCUGAAGUUGAAAACGACAUGACCUCUACCGAGAGAGUCCUCUCUUACACUAAUCUACCACCCGAACCAGGCUACAGCAGAACGAUACGGCCGCACGAGGACUGGCCCGAGCAAGGCGCCCUGUCGUUGCGUGACGUUUGUUUAGCUUACACCCCAAACAGCCCUUGCGUGUUGCGUGACAUCACACUUGACGUCAGACCGGGAGAGAGAGUGGGAAUUGUUGGUAAGACGGGUGCAGGGAAAUCGUCAGUGUUUGCCGCUUUGUUUCGCAUGCCUGACCCCACAGGGGAGGUGUGGGUGGACGGCGUAGAGCUCGCAAGUGUCGAGAUACGCACGGUACGCAAGGCAUUAGCAGUGAUUACCCAGAAUCCCGUGCUUUUCAGCGGAAGCCUUAGAGAGAAUUUGGAUCCUAAUCAUCGCUACGAGGACCAGGAGAUCUGGACAGUGUUAAAAGAGGUACAACUUUACAGCUUUGUACAGAGGCUGCCCGACGCUCUGCUUUACCAAGUAGGGGAGGGAGGGACAAAUUUUAGUGUCGGUCAACGGCAGCUCCUGUGUCUUGCACGCGCACUUCUGCAGAAAUGCAAGAUCCUAGUGCUGGACGAAGCGACUGCUAAUGUGGACUACAGGACAGAUAGACUGAUACAAGAGGUGAUUCAACUUAAAUUUUCUGGUUGCACUGUCCUCACAAUAGCCCAUAGACUCAGUACCAUUACUGACUAUGACAGAAUCGUUGUCAUUGAUAACCAUCAAGUGGCCGAGGUUGGAACUCCUAUGGAGCUCGUUAGGAAGAAUAAAGGUCUGUUUGCAUGUAUGAUGAAAAAUAGCACCCAUGAGAACAUGGGGAUAAGUGAGAGUUGAGAACUAAGGACAGAUACUUGAACUUAAGACAUCAUGUGACUCAGGUUGGAGUCCCUAAACAAGAACUUGAAAAAAAGAAGGGGUACAUAAACUACAAAAAUGUACAUUUUAAAAUGUAUUUCUUUUUCCACCAAAAAUAGUAUGCCAAAAUAUAUACAUUUAGAAGACAUUGAAGGGAUCAAUUGCAAAUAUAUGUACAGUAAAAAUAAAGCUUUCUUUUACAAAUGUG